CGGCCGCGUGAGGGGCGCGCAGGGCUCGGGGCACCCUCGUCCUGCCGCCCCCCCACCCGGUCGUCCUCCCCCUCUGGCUCCCCGCAGCCAUGGAGGCGCCUCCGCAGGAGAGCAGCCAGGUGCCUCCGAUUGCAACCACACCGCCGCAUCCUGGACUGAAGGAAGAGCUACUGAGCCAGAGCAGCAGCGGGACCCAAAUUUCCAUCACCAGCGGCGUUUCCUUGGGAGAAGCCAUUAGGCGUAGGUCUCUUAUGAAUCGGGAGAUGGAAGCAUGGUAUCUUCCUAGUGCAGAAACAGACAACAGCAAUCUCAUAGUGACUGUGGGAUGGAGGGUUGGCCAAACCCAAGGGGGCUGUAACAGAACAGAAUUUCCGACUAUGGAGGAAGGCUUGGUCACUCCCACCGUAAACUCUAGAAGGCAUCAAGCAUCUGGAAUGAGUCACUCCCCUCUUCUGGAGAUUCAGGACAGUCAGCUUUCGCCCAACCUCCCGCUGCUGGCGACGUACGCGACACAAGGCCAGACUUUCUUCAACGAGACCCUCUUUCAGCAAACAGAACUGGAUUUCGCUCCACUGAGAGGAACUCCAGAUUUUUCAGUUGCAGCUUCUGAGAGGCCUUCAACACAUUUGCAGAUAAGUGAAGCUGUGCAAUUGGCAACCGGAGAAAUUGGCCCAGAAUGCUCCAGGGAGUGCUUCUCUCUGUCCCAGCAUCCCCUGGCUUUCAGCAUCAUGGCUCAAAACAGUGCCAGUCUGGGUAGCUAUUUAUCACAACAUCCCCUUUCUUUUUCUGAGCAAGUAGCUGUGGAGCAAAGGAAUUACAGUGAUUGGCAAAUGCCUCAUGUUGACAUGAAUGCUAAAACCCUGGACUCUAAGGAGGAGAGUUCUGGAAUGCCAUGUUCACAGAUGUGGCCAAAUCAGCAGCUGGCUACACAGCAUCUUCCAAAGGAAUCUUGGGGAACUGCGCCCAGCCAGGAUAUGUUCCUUUUGGACAACAGUGUGCCAGCACCUGUCCUGCUUGAAUUGCUGGAGGAAGAGAUGGGGUUAUCUAAGCACGAUGGCUUCUUAUCUUCUGAAAGUUCUUCUUGUAAAAGUGCUUUGGGAAAGGAUCCAGAAGAAAAUGUCAUUAGUCAGCUAAUGAAGAAUGUGGAUCUGUCAGAGAGUGUGCCAAAAUUGUUUGCAGAACUGCGUCAGCCUAAAGGCAAAACCACUCCCAAAUCCGAGUCAUCAGAACCGCUUUCUGAUCCAGCAGGAAAGCUCUUUAGAAAUGCCGGUGAUUCAGAACGUAUAUCUGCAAACAUUUCACCGAUGUUGGUGUCCUCCAGGGGACCUCAGCUGGGUUUGGGUGAUUCUUGCAUGGUUACUGAGAUAUCUCCAACUCCUGUGCCAAAUAGCCAGCAUACGCAGCAGAAUUUUAAAAGCGUGUCUGAGGAAGAAAAAAGUAAGUUUGGUCCGGCUCCAGCUGAUAGUAAAUUUCAUGCUCCUGCGCCCUUCCAGCCAAUCACUUUGGCUGCAGAGGAAAAGAAUGCCAUGAGAGAAACCCUGACAAGUGUGAACAAAAGUGAACUAACACCGUCAGACUGGAGCGUAGAGAGUGAGCACAGAAGUGCUAGAAUUUCACUUAUUAACGAGGGAUCGUUCUUUGUACAUCUGGCUCAUCCAAUUCAUCAUUCUACCCCAGGGUUUUUCACACCCAGAAGCGUGAACUGUGAAGGCCCUGGCGGGGCAUUCCCUGCCAAAUCAGUACUUCAGGCCCCUCUUUCUUGCUUACGUGAAGAGAUGUCAAAGGCUUCUUACGCCAGCGCAUGGGCUUCUUCAGUGGAAGAGCCUUGCGUUCCCUCUGCGGAAGACUUUGGAGUAUUUCCCGCUAAAGAGAAUUUUACAUUUCACCGCGGCCAAGGCUUAAAAAAUGAAAAUAGCAACGGUUCUGCAGUUCUGCAACCUCUUAAAGGUAGAAUUCAGUCCAUGCCUUCUCUUAAUUUUAUGGAGAAAGUAGGGGCGUGGAACGUGAGCCGUUCAGCCGAGAAGCUGUCCGAUGCGUUGGCUUUACGUGGUUCGGAUGGCAUUUCUCCCAGGCAGAGGGCCUACAGUGCGAUUGCCGAUUCCUUAAGCUGCAUCUUGUCAAAGCAACAGAGUCUGGCUGACCUUAAGGCAAGGCCGGCAGCCUCUUUUUGCGGGCCAGGCUCCAUGACCAAUCUUCACUCCCAUGAUAACAAGUCUCCACAAGCGUUACCAUUUACCAGGUCUCAGUCUGAAACCUCCAUGGCUGCAACCAGCAGAGAGAGUUCAAGGGCAGAAAGAGGCAAUGAAACAAGACAGAAGGAUACUCUUAAACAAGCUGAAGUCAAUAGCGAUGUUUCGAGAGCUUCUAGAAUUAAACAAACUGAUGUGACCGAAGAAGACUCACUUGGCCAGCAUUAUAAAGCUACUCCGAUCACUGCUGUGUCCAGCGAUGAGGAAAGUGUUGGCACAGAGAGACAUUCAGGUCGCCUUAUUGCAAGCAAAAGGGUCGCUCAACUCCUCAAAGAGGAAGCCAGUUCUCUCAGCGGUAGCAGCAAAGAGGAAUCUGGCGGCUCCGAAGAGAAUCCGAGAGAACUGCCAGGGCGCUGUUUUCAUCCCGAGAAAAUUGGGAUGGACUAUUUUAGAGACCUUUCCCCAGAUAAUUUAAACCGAGUGACUGAUUCCAGAACAGGAAGCUACCCCGACUUGAGGAUGUCUUCAGGGCUGUCUUCAGGAUCUUCUUCGGGUUUUGGAAAGUUGCAGAGCAGUUUGGAAGAUGAAUUGCGAACUCCAAGUCACGGUGAACUCAAUAUAGAAGAGCGAAUACCGGUGUACCUCCAUAACCUGGGGAUUGAUCAGUCACCUUCGUCUAUCCUGACUCCAUUUAUGCCUCAGGGGCCCAUUAGAGAAAUCGAAUUUUCUCCAACUGAGCUCAGGACACUGAAGGCAUCUACUGAUUUAUUCCACUUACACUUAUCGGAAGAAGAUUCACAGUCUGUGAAGGAUGCUGUGCAGUCAACGCUGAAUUCUUCGCUGCUCAGUGGGCCUGCUCUGGCAGGGUCAGCCGUCGUCUCUGACGCCUCACUGCCUACCGAGCCUUCUCCACAACCCUCCAGAGAUGGUGAUCCCCUCCAUCAGAGCAACGCUCACUGGAAAUCUCGUGCUGUAGCACCACCUCUCGCAGAGCCUAUUCCUAAGUUUCCACCUACUCCCGUUUCAACAGAAGAGAAUCAGGUAAUCCCAGGAGUUCCAUCCAAUUUUGGUAAGGAAAGAUCAACAAAAUACGUAGAGCCGGAGGACAGUUUAGACUCAGACAAACUGGGUGUAAGUCAAGGAAAACCAUCGUCCGGCUCUUUGUCUCAGGAUAAUGUUGAAAAGUGUGUAAGUGAAGAAAUCAGACCUUCAGAUGCAAUUCCUGCUGGAGAAAGAGGUGAUUCCUUCACAGGGUCAAACACACCAAAAGAGAGCCAGAAGCUUGUGGCAGAGGUAGACCCUAGAACUUCAAGUGGGGAAUUCAGAUCUACUCCAUCCAUCUCUUCUUCCGGCUCAUUAAAACAUAUCAAUAGGAGGGAUUUGUCUGGAGCUCCUGGAUCAGUUAAGAGGAGUAAACUGGGGAUUCAGAGAGUCUGGUCAUGGGAUGAGAGCAUGGCCAAGCAGAAUAUCGCUGGUAGCUUAAAAUGGGAAGAUUUGCAGAUUGCAGACUCCUGCAGCAAGGAGCCAAUUGUACCUGAACAGUUGAGGUCAGGAUCCUCGAAAGUGAAUGAAGAACAUGGGAUGACAAAACCUGUAAUGCGAUCAGAACCGGAAGGUUGCAACAUGAUAGCUGUGAAUAAAAGUCUUCCUAUUUCAAUAGGCAGGUCUGCAGAUAGCAAAGUAUGCCCCUCUCCAGAUCUAAAAGAGAUCCAGGCUGUUUCAAAUAUGGAGCCCUUGGACGGCGUAUCUAACAUCUUGGGAAAUUUUCAGCAAGUUGAGGAGAGAACUAAUGAAACUCACAAUAAAGGGAUAGGCAGUGCUCAUGAAAGUGCAAAUAGCAGCAGCGUGGACUCUCUGGGUGUCAAAGUGAAGAAACUUCUCCAGUAUGAACAUUCUGUGGGCCACAGAGCUCCUUGGAUGGAGAUGAAGGAGCCUGAUGGAUCUGGUCAGAAACAGCAUUCUGUUGCGACCAGUGCUGCCUUCAGCAGAGAGGAUGUUGGUGCCCAAGGGAGCGAUAACAGCAGCAGUUUGGACUCACUGGCUCACCGUGUCAAAACUCUUCUUGAAGAGGAACGCCCUGUGAUGCACGCAGCUCAAAUCCUACGGAGCGUAGAGGAGGAAGAAGAAAAAGCACGUGCCUGGGUGAAACUAAAACUGACAGCUCAGCCGCAGGACUCCGUACCUGACUUGAAUGAAGAGGACAGGUGGAUGAUAGAACAGAUCAAGAGAGAGCAGCGUUUGUGUUCUGGAAAAAAUGAACACUUGGAGAAUCAACGGUGGGGAAGCAGCCUCAGAAGGUUUUCAAACUACAAUCCUACUGCAAAGCUAGAUUCGGGACUCUCGAAAAGUCCAAGGGACACUGAACAGCAAAAGGCCCUUAAGACAGACAGUUUGCAACUAGCUGAAUUCUCCAAGGAAAAUGCAGUGUGUGGAACUGAUGGUGUCUUAACGGGUGAACAAGAGAUUAAACCCUUGAACAGUGUCCAGAGUCAUGUCUCCAGCCAACUACAGUCCCCCCCUGUUAAUGCCUUGGGCUCCAGAGCCGAUUUUCAGGUUCCCUUGGACACCCAUCUCACAGAACUGAAAGGUGCCUCAAAGGCACCCGUAAGAGGGGACAUUAUGUCAGCCCAGCUGGAUCUCGCUGAGAGUGGCAUGUCCGUAGAAGCUGCCAAGCAAAUUACUUCUAUCACUUUUGCCUCUCGGAGGAGGUCACCUUCUCCUGCCUCCCAGGUGCCCUGGGCUGGCCUUGCUGAAGCUGACUCUCGUGAUCCUGUGUCUUUGGAAGCCCAGCCUGUGAGCCAGCGGGAGCAGAAGCGUGACAGACUGCAGCUGGAAAGUUGCAAAGCUUGCAAUUCGGCAAGCCUAGCCUCUCCUCACGUACCAGAGAAGAGCGUUGGUUUUUCUUCCCUCAGAGUCGGUCCUCUGCCCGUGUCUGUCACGGCCACCGGGGAUGAAUCUCACCAAGAAAGUGCUGCUGCUUCCGUGGAGAAAUCCCCAGGCAGUGGUGUUGGACAGAAGGACCUCGUUACAGAGAGCCGUGAGGAAAAACAGGGCUCUUCUCUACUUCUUGCUGAGCGGGGGAAAUACGACAAGCCUAUGGACCAUGUUUAUGGUAACAGAUCUAACCCAGAAAGAACUGUGACUUUGGCAAACCAGCCCCCACAAAAGACAGGUGAGGUGCUUUCCCAGGACGGCUCGGUAGUUGGCGUGGGAAGCUUUGGCCACACUCCUAAGCCUCUUUUUCCUGAAGGCAGAGAGAGUAUGUUGGCAAGAAAAGGCAGGUGUACUUCUGGUUCAUAUUCAUCCAAGGCUGGAAGUCUUUUGCUCUCUUCUUCCCCAGACCACAUUUCAACAGCCCUGCCAGCGUCCCCUUCGUCGCCAGCCAGAAAAGCCCUCUCUGGUGUCCACAUUACUCUCUCCCCAAGGCAAGUCAAUUUGGGUCUUCCAGUCCCAGCAGACAUCGAACCAGAAGGGAGGGAAGUGGAGGGCUUUAGGGCUGCCGUCAAGCCAGCCACUCCAGAUGCUCCCAGUCCUUUCUUAGAAGAUGCCUCCAAGUUGAAGCCCACAGACCUUAAGCCAAAGACCCAAGAAUCAUCCUACUUCCCAAAAGAGGCAUCAUUGCAAGAUGUUCCAGGGGGGGCUAAGCCGGCCCCACAGCAAAGUCAAGAGUCCCGGGGAAGCCGAGAGCACGUACCCGUCCCAGCGCAAGCAAAUGCAAGAGCUCAGAGUUCAAACAGACUGAGCCUAGGUGAUAACUUAACGACUACAGCUUCUUCCCAAACAGAAAGGAUGUCAUCAGAUGCCAUCACUCAGAUAACAACAGAAAGCCCUGAGAAAACCACCUAUUCUGCAGAAAUAUUUGUCAGUGCUGAGAAUGGUGAGGCUUCUCAUCCGAAGAGCCAUAAAAUCCCCAGCAACACAAUUCACAGUAUCCCCAAGAUCUCCAUUUUGAAUCGACAGGACGAUCAGCCACUGGUGCUGCCAUAUAAACCUCCUGGUUGCUCGGAGGUGUAUUACGUUCCCUGUCCGAAAGAAACCCUCAGACUAUCGCGCGUCCAGUCGGGGACUACCAUGGAGAGCUCCCACUCAGGAUCAAAUGAUGCUGUCCCUCCCGACUUCCCACCGCAGGCGCUUGGCUCAAGGGAUGAUGAUUCUCCAGAUGCAGCAAUUGUCAAACACAGAGAGGGUAUUUAUAGUAAGAAGGCUGCUCCCAAGACAGUGUGGAUGGAGGAGAAAAUAGCAAUGACAGGUGGUCCCAGAGACAGUAUCAGUGCCCAAAAUUCCUUGGAAUCUCUCAAAACUACCCAUUCUGUCUUUGGACCUCCUCAGUUUUCCCUGCAGCACCCAGCACCUCUGCAGGAUGACCCGGAUUCCUUACCUGGAAGCAGGGUUUUGGGGCAGGAUACAGCAUCCAGGGGUUCAGCCCCUUCUUCCCGAGAUUUAUUCCAGCAUAGGGGAAUACUAGAGAGCCCCCCAUCACCCCCUCCUCCUCUGCGUCUGGCUAAAAGGGCGGACAGCUUUACCCUGCUGAAUGGUGAAGUAGAUUACAGUUUUCUUGAGGAAUUAAAGAUCAACGAGGCUUCGAAGAAAGACUUGCCUGAUGCGAAAAAGCCCGGCUUUGAAAUAGUGAGUGAACUUCCUCCGGGAAGCCAGCUGACUAGUGUCAAGGAGAAGCAGGCAGCUGACCCACCGGGAGGGCAAAGCGCUCAUUUAACCAGCAGGUUAGAUGACCUCUGGGCCCAGUAUUUGGAGCGACAGAAGCAGCACCAGCAUCUGAACCCCGGUGGCGGUGGCGGCAGCAGAACUGAGCUCUCUCUGGUGGAGCGGCUGGACCGCUUGGCUAGGCUGCUGCAGAAUCCUGUCCGGCAUUCCCUGGCGCUCGCCCUGGGGGAACAGAGCAGCAGCCAGAAGGCGCCCAAGAGGAGAGAGCCAGGGAUCACCAGCUCUCGAGACAAAAAGCUGGCAGCCGGAAAGGAAAUGGCAUUGCAGCCCAGCCUAGGGGUGGCAGAAGAGACCCCUGUUGCCCCCCGCAGUGCCUGGCAGUCAAGAUCCAGGUGCCAGAACCCUGGAGGCGCCGUGGGUAGAAACGGGGAGCAGUCCCAGACCUCUGAGGCGCUCAGUGACACUUCUUCCGAAAUGAGGCCUGCGAGAGAUUCCAGCGUGUUAACUGACGUGACCUCCGAAUCCGAGGUGGCUCAGGUAGAGACGGAAAGCGCCACCCAGACCGAGGCAAGCGGGUCCGCUUCCACAAUCAACACGGCCAGGCUGAUCAGGGCGUUUGGGCAUGACCGUGUGCAGGCCUCUCCCAAACUCUCCCAGCUGUACAACAACAUCAACUUGCAAAAGUCACGCUCCGAGGACUGGGGCGGGCGAAGCAAGAAGGCCAAGGGGGCCGGCUGCCCAAGACCGGUUCGGGCAGAACAGAAAGGAAAAGACGUUCAGGCAUCAACAGCUUUUAUGUCCUCCGAUUCCGUUUCAAGCAUCAGUUCCCACGGGCCAAGCCCUGCUCUCAGUAGCAAACGGAUGUUAAAUAAGGCCAUUCAAGCAGGAGACUUUGAGAUCGUGAACAGCGCAACUAAGAAGCACACUCGCGACGUGGGCUUGACGUUCCCCACCCCGACCUCAAGCCAGGCAACGCUCCAGGGAGGGGCAAGGAGCAGGACAGAGGAUGCGUUGGCUCAGCGAGGUGGGCUCCCGGCGGAAGACAGGGACCAGCAGAAACGGCAGCCAGGCAGCUUCCUGGCAGAGAGGAGGCCGCGAAGGAGCCAGUGGCAGUGGAUGCAAGGAGUCUCUUGGUUCGUCCCUGUGGCAGAUCUAAAACGGGAUCCCCAGGAGGAGGCUGGUGCUGACGCCGGCUUCCUGCCCAGCCCUGCCCCGCUGUGGUCAGCGUCCCCGCCCAGAAGAAAGCCGUGGCGAGAGCCUCUCCGUGAGAAGAACUGGCCGGAGCAUCACGGGGGCCUCCAGGCGUCUCUUGCAAUGCAUCGUCCUGAUUUCAUUUCCAGCUCUGGGGAACGUGUGAAACGCCUCAAGCUGCUCAUGGAAGAACGAAAGCUGCAGAGCAUGCUCCAGGGGGAGAGAGAAGAACUGUUCAAUCCCCCUGAUGUGAGGAGUUAUAGGAAUACCAGUGGUCUCUCUAACAGAGACUACCGGACAAUUCGGAAAAGAGCAAUUUCCAAGAAUGAAAUGGUUGAGCGAUCCAAACGCAUAUAUGAGCAGCUGCCUGAGGUGCGAAAAAGACGUGAGGAAGAAAAGAGGAGAUCCGACUAUUCCACCAACCGCCUGAAGGCCCAGCUUUAUAAAACGAAAAUCACCAAUCGCGUUUUGGGAAGAAAAGUCCCUUGGGAAUGACGCUGAGAACAAACAGCAUCCUCCUGGGUUUAAUAAACCAUAACGCAUGUAGAAGGUUUUUAACUCUUUUUUUUCUUGUCUAGGCUAGAGUUUGUGCAGAGAGACUACUCAGGCAGUUUUCCCCUUAUGCACCUUGGAUUUCCUGACAUUAAUGCGGGUUCGUGGGCACCCUUCCCAGUCACCAGGUAGCUUCGCUGUUGUGUUUGCAAACCAAUGAUCGUAGGAAGAUUUUUUUUUUCAACCCACAAACAAGGAUUUUUCAUAUUCUGCCUACAUUCUCAUGGAUCAGGGUUAUGUAGAAUUAAUUUAUAAACAACUAUUAAGUUGGUGGUUUUAUGUGUGAAAGUAGCUUUUGUUAUUUUUAUAUAAAUAUUUGUAUUUUGGGUAGUUUGUAUCACCAGUAAUUGGAUUAUUGCCCUGUGUGUUUUUAUUUAUCUGUGGUAGAAAAAAAAAUUAAAAUCUCUUACAAUAUCCCUGCUCCUGAUACUUCCACUGAUCAUUUUCUUCAGCUGUUAACUAAUAUAGGAACAGAGGCCUCCUCAGGAGGUGUCAAAA